AUGCAUCUACCUCUCAGGCUUUCAGUCGACAUCUUCAUGCUGGCUCUCGGCGCCGCCCUCAGCUACUGGAUUGGAGCGAAAAACGGCCAGGUAAUCCACCAAGCUCUUGCCAUAGGUGCCGUCGUGUUUGUCAGGCUAUGGGAGCGACGAAAACAGCAACGGACAGAGCAGAAAGAAGAGCGACGCGAGAAACGGCGGCGACGGCGGCUGCAGCGGGAUGAGCGAGAAAGACCAGAAGCUGAGCGGCGCGCCAAUGAGGAGAAGCGACGCGCUCAAGAAGAGAGGCAGCGCGUCGAGAAGGAUCACGGGCAUCACGAGGGGUCUGGAGCAGUGCAUGCAUGA